CUUCCCUGUGCCUGGGUGAGAGGGGCCAUCCUCAUCCGUAUCAAUAGCUUCCUUCGGGGUCAUUCCUGCGUACGAUGGGACCUCAUCGAGAGGCUCGCUGCUCUUCUCCGAGCUAGGAUCACGCCAAAUGUCCCGCUCCAAGGGAGCAUCUCAGCAUCGGGAGAUCUAGCCCCUCUGGCGUAUGUAGCCUUUGCCCUCGCCGGACAUCCUUCCCUAACUAUGACCAUCUAUAAACCAGGACCAAUAUCCGAGCAAGACACGGCACAAGGAGCGCUCAGGUCUGCGGGUAUUCAGCCUUACUCCUUUGCACCCAAGGAAGUCCUGGCUCUCAUCAAUGGCACGGCCGUCUCUGCCGCUGUAGCAGCCGAUGCCCUAGGUUCAGCUCAUACCCUACUCCUGCUCGCGCAAGUCGUCACCGUCGUCCAUACCGAGGCAAUGUUGGGCUUCAGAGCCCCCUUCGAGAGCUUCUUGCACGACGUUGCUCGACCUCACACGGGUCAAUGUCAGAUUGCCGAGAAUCUCCGGAACUGGCUCAGCGAUAGCUCAAUGUUGCAAGAUAGGGAACAAAGUGCGGGUAUUGAAUAUCCGGGACCGGUGUACGCUAUCCGGACAGCUCCUCAAUGGCUGGGCCCAGUCCUAGAAGACUUCGUCGCUGCCCAUGAGACGCUCACAACAGAGCUCAACAGCUCCACCGACAAUCCUCUAUUUGACCCCACAAGCAAGCAGCUGUACCACGGCGGGAAUUUCCAAGCUGCCGCUGUCACCAACGCUGUAGAGAAGAUCCGCGAUGGACUCUCAACUAUCGGUCGUCUGAUCUUCGCUCAGCAGAGCGAGCUACUGAAUCCACAACGGUCCAAUGGUCUGCCCACCUGUCUUGCUCCAUCUCUUGGACCCAACAAGGACGGAGGUCUCAAGGGUAUAGACAUCGCGAACGCCUCGUACCUCUCGGAGCUCAACUUCCUUGCCAACAGAGUCAACCACUUUGUGCAGUCCGCUGAGAUGGAUAACCAGUCCGUCAACAGCCUCGCCUUGAUCUCUGCAAGGUUCACUGUCAUGGCUGCUGAAGUGCUCAAGAAGCUAAUGGCCAAUGCAGUGUAUGGCGUUCUGCAAGCCAUCGACCUGAGG